AUGGCCAUUGAGAGGUGUUUGCUUGACUGGGGAGUUGAUAAUGUGUUUACAAUGACUGUAGAUAAUGCAAGUUCAAAUGACGUUGCAAUUGCCUACAUAAAAAGAAAAGUUUCUAAUUGGAGAAAAGACAUUCUAGGGGGCAAAUUCUUGCAUAUGAGAUGCACUGCACAUAUAAUUAACCUUAUUGUGCAAGAUGGUUUGAAAGAAAUGGGGGAUUCAGUUGCUCGUGUUAGAAACACAGUCAGAUAUGUUAGACAUUCACUUGCUAGGUUGAAAAAUUUCAAGCGUUGUUCUUUGUAUGUUACAAGUAAUACAUUUUUUGAUGAAAUUAGUGGGAUUGAUUGUCUUCUAAAAGAGUGGGAAAAUAGUGAUGACCCAAAGUUGAGUUUAAUGAGCAUGAAAAUGAAGUAUAAACACAACAAGUACUGGGAAAACAUUGACAAAAUGAAUAUGUUGAUUUUUGUUGCAUCUGUUCUUGACCCUAGACGUAAGUUGGGAUUUGUGCAAUAUGCUCUUUCUACUAUGUAUGAAGGUGACAAAGGUUUAUUGGUGGGGAAAAAGGUUCAGGAUACAACAUUUGAAUUGUUUGCUGAGUAUAAGAAGUUGUCACAAUCUAAAAAUAAAGAAUCAAAUAGAAGUGAAACUUCAACCUCCACUGGUCAAGUACCCAUCUCUACAGUUGCUUUAGAGUCUGCUUUUAGCACAUCAGGGUGUGUUCUCGAUACCUUUAGGAGUUCUUCGACUCCUAAAAUUGUUCAAGCUCUUAUCUGUACACAAGAUUGGAUAUGA